AUGUGGGACCCUCGUGUCGAUCACGACUACCAUUACUACUACUACUACUACUACUACUACUACUACUACUACUACUACUACUACUACUACUACUACUACUACUACUACUACUACUACUACUACUACUACUACUACUACUACUACUACUACUACUACUACUACUACUACUACUACUACUACAACUACUACUACUACUACUACUACUACUACUACUACUACUACUACUACUACUACUACUACUACUACUACUAUUGCUACUAUAAUCGGUUGCAUAGCGUCACAUGCAGGCCAGUCCUGCCCGCCUUUUUCUGUUAUUAUUAUUAG